GCACACUUAUGGUCUUAUUAGACUUUAUACUUCCUGCCUUUCUGCUAGGCAAUGCCAGCUUGGGCGGGUCAGGAGAAUCAAGUUAGAAGGUGGUGAGAGUUUCUUUGGGUCCCUCAGCUUCCACCUUGUUUCAGAAGCUGCUGCCCAAGGAGCCAGUGAUCCCACCUGCAUUUUCCCUUCCAGUUUCCCCCUUGUUCUGAAUCCUUGGCACCCUUUGGGCAGAGAGAUCCGGAAUCAGAGCCUGGUCUGUUCUUGAUUCAGAGAUGUUGCUGCUUCUGUUUCUCCCGUCCAUAGAGGGGGUCCAGAACCCACCUCCAGCUCAUUACGUGCAAAUGCCAGCGGCAGUGACAGUGCAGGAGGGCUUGUGCAUCACCAUCCUCUGUACUUUCCAUCACCCUCCAACCCCCUCUUCACCAGCUCAUGGAUACUGGUUUGAGGAGGGGUCCCAAAUCAAUGAAGUCCAACCUGUGGCUACAAAUGAUCCAAUGCGAGAGGUGCAGGAGGAGUUUAGGGGACGAUUCCACCUGAUCGGGGACCCUCUGAAGAACAACUGCACACUGCGCAUCACAGACGCUCGGAAAGAAGACAGUAGGAACUACUUCUUUCGGAUAGAAAGGGGACAGGAAAGAUUCAGUUAUGUCAAUUAUCAACUUGCUCUGAAGGUGACAGACCUGACAGAGAAGCCAGUCAUCUACAGUCCAGAGACCCUGGAGGAGGGUCAGCUGGUGACCUUGGUCUGUUUAGCCCCCUGGAUAUGUAGGGAGGGGACACCUCUGACCUUCUCCUGGACCGGGGCCGCAGUCCCUUCCCUGCAGCUCAGCCCAAACUUUUCCUAUUUCUCUGGGCUCUCUUUCGUGCCGAAGCUCCAGGACCAUGGCAGCAACCUCACCUGUGGGAUGACCUUCCCUGGAGCCAGUGGGAGAGCUCUCCUGGAGAGAACCAUCCAGCUCAAUGUAACCUCUAAAACAAAGCCAGACUUUUUCACAUUCACCACAGGCACACUUUUGGGAUCUGGAGUCACUGCCUUUCUUGCCUUCUGUCUCAUCCUGACAUGUGUGAAGUUUCUGAGAAAGAAGAAGUGGUCAGAGGAUCGAGAGGUCCAGGACAGGAAGGAGGCGAAUUGUAGCAAUCAGGUUCCUGGAGUUCCUUUGGAUCAACAGAGGGAUUCCAGACCUCCCAGCCCUGACCCAACCACACAGUCGUCCUCAGGGGAGCUGUACUAUGCAACCAUCAACUUUGGGAGACCCAAGUCCCUUGUCACCUGCCAAUCUGAAGAGCAUGUGACUGAGAAAAAGGUCAUCAUCAGUAAAAGUUCAACAGCACCAAUGGAUCUGCGGCAGAUCCCAUUUGUAGAUAAGAGCUGUAUCUUUCCUGGUUCAGACAUGCUGCUGCUGCUGCUGCUGCUGCUGUUACUGUCCUUGGGGGGGUCCCAGUUCCAAAACAAAGGAUAUAUAAUGGAGGUGUCACCAACACAGACGGUUCAGGAAGGGCUCUGCAUCUAUAUUUCCUGCACCGUCAUAUAUCCUCAUUCCUGGUUUGGUACCAUUUUUGGCUACUGGUACAGGGAAACGUCUGGCCAUUAUUAUGAACAUGACCUUGUGGCCACAAAUAACAAAGGAAGGGCCGUGGAAAAGGAUGCUGAGGGAAGAUUCCACUUAGUCGGGGACGUCAUGAAAAACAAUUGCUCCCUGAGCAUCACGGAUGUCCAGAAAAAGGACAGUGGACAAUACUACUUCCGUAUAGAGAAAUGGAAUGAUGGAUUCAAUUACAUAAAUCAUAAAGUCAAUCUGAAUGUGAAAGCUCUGACAGAGAAGCCAGACAUCUAUAGUCCAGGGAUCUUGGAGCCUGCACAUCCUGUGACACUGAUUUGUGCAGCCCCCUGGGUCUGUGGGAACGGGACACCCCCCAUCUUUUCUUGGAUAGGGGCUCUCUCCAACCUGACACACCGUCAAAGGACUCCCCAUUUCUCUGAGCUGAUCCUCACCCCGAGACCCCAAGACCAUGGAGCCAAACUCAUCUGUCAGAUGUACUUCCCUGCAACUGGAGUGCAAACAGAAACAACUGUUUCGCUCAAUGUGGCCUAUCCUUUAAAAAACUUUGGAGUUCGCUUUGAUUGGGAAAACGGAAAAGGCUCGGAAUCCACAUCAAACUUUUCAGUCCUGAAAGAUGAAUCCUUACAAUUACGCUGUGAAGCUGAGAGCAACCCUCCAGCCAUUUUGAGCUGGACCCACGAGGGCCGGGUGGUGCUUUCCUCCUGGCCCACACGUGAUGGGAUCCUAGUCCUGCGGCUAACUCGGCUGGGGAUAAAGGAUGGAGGAGAGUACAGCUGCCAAGCUCAGUACAGGAUGGAUACCCAAAAUGCCUCCUUGAACCUCUCUGUGCUAUAUGCACCAGAGAACCUGAAGAUCAGUGUUUUGGAACCAAACAGGACAGUUGCCAUCCUGGGAAAUACCUCCUCUCUGGUGGUCCUGGUGGGAGAGUCCUUGCAGCUGGAGUGUGCUGCUGAUAGCAAUCCCCCUGCCAAGAUGAACUGGGCCAAAGGAAGCCAGCCUCUAAACUCCUCCCUUCUCUCCAGUCCUGGGAUCCUGUGCCUAGAACUGGCUAAUAUCCAGCCAGAGGAUGGAGGAGAGUACACCUGCCAUGCUCAGAAUAUCUGGGGGACCCAGCACAUCUCCGUGAACCUCUUUGUGCAGUACCCUCCAAGGUUGUUCAACCCCUUUUGUUCAUGGGCUGAUGAGGGCUUACUCUGUACCUGCUCUGUUCAGGCAGAGCCCACCCCAUCUUUGAUUUGGUGGGUGGGGGAGAAAACGGUAGAAGUCGAUGGUAAUGAUGACAUCCUCCAGGUGAUGUCUUCCACCUCGGGUGCCUGGACCAACAGUAGCCUGAUCCUGAGGGAGAAGUGGGACCUUGACCUCAGCCUCUGCUGUGAAGGGAGGAACCAACAUGGGGCUAACAGCCUUGUUGUCCUGAUGGUGUCAGAUAGGACAAGCGCAGUUGCCCUCGCGUUCUCCAAAGGGGCAUUUCUGGGAGUCGGGAUCAUGAUCCUUCUUAUUCUCUGCCUCAUGCUUGCCUAUAAGAAGUUUCUGAGGAAGAAGCAGACAGAGACCGAGAAGCUAGGGACCGCGAAGCUAGGGACCGCAGACUCCCAGAGCAACGAGGAAAUGGACUAUGUUAAUCUAGACAAGGGUACAGUUCCCAGACGACCUGCACCUGACCCAGGCACCCAAUCCCAACCAGAGGAGCUACAUUAUGCGUCAAUUAACUUCAGAAGACUCAACCAGAAGACUCAACCAGAGGCACACACUGAGUAUUCAGAGAUCAAAUUCUAAUCUGGAGUGAAUAGAAUGGGAGGAGAAAUAAAAAGAAUGCACUUUAUACCUGAAAA